UAAUGUUUAUAUUGUUUCCUUUGAGUGCAUUGAAUCUCUGUUUUUGCUGUACUUGCAGUACUUUGUGUGUAAUUAAAUUAUUUCAACUUGCAAAAUUUGUGCCUGUAGGACUCCAUCACCUUUCUGGAAAGAUGGGCAACACAGAAAGCAGCUCCUAUCAGAAUCAUCUUUCCAGGUUUCUUCCUGAAGAACAGACGGAUAUUGAUAAAGUAUUUGAUACCUUAUCUGGGGUGGAUGGUCCAGCAGGAGUAAAGAAUGAAAAAACCACCAGAAAAUUUGUGACUCUGGCAAAGCUAAAGGCCUACACACAGCAAGCGUUACCAGAGCAGAUGACCAUCAGAUUAUUCAAUGGAAUGAGGAGUGUCAACCUGCCUGGGAAGGCUGCUGGGCCAAGUGAACAGAUUGUUAAGGAGCAGUUUGUAAUGUUUAUGUCAUACCUUUUAAAAGGCCUGGCAGAUGAGAAGAGUGGCAUCAUAAUGGGAAUGAUCUCUGAGACGGCAGGGCCUGUGACGAGGAAACAGAUCCAAGAGUUCACAGAGCAUCUCGUCACUGUUGCAGUCCAUGUACUGAACUAUAGGAAGGAGCUGAAGGGCUGGGAUCUGGAAAAGACUCGAGAUGUUGCCAGCGGAGUAAAGACACUGGCUUCUCAGCUGCUGUCGGAACUGAGACCUGCAGGUGGAGAGAGUCUCGUGGGUGCUGAGCUACAGAAUGCCACGUGCGAUCAAAGUGUCAUUGAGGACUGGGUGUUUCGAGUGCCACAGAUCUCUACUUUCCUCAGCGUUGUUAUCAGGCUGGGGCUCCUUGUUCUUCAUUCAGUUCCAGAUGAGGCCAAAGACCUAGUCAAUUUGGUUCCCAAAUGCAAAGGCCUCAAAGGAGAAGGAUUUGUUAGUCUCCUUGACAUUCCAUCCAUUAUAUACAUCAACUCCUAUCUGCCAAUGGAGCUGCAGCACAAAUGGAGGCUUCUGUUUUCUUCUAGGCUUCACGGAGAAAGUUUUUCACAGUUAUGUGGCCAUAUUGUAAGUAAGGGCCCCUGCCUACUGGUCUUAAAGGACACAGAUGGAUACAUCUUUGGUGGGUUUGCAUCACAUUCGUGGGAAGUUAAACCGCAGUUUCAAGGUGACAACAGAUGCUUCUUGUUUUCUAUUUUCCCGUCUCUUGCCAUGUACUUGGACACUGGAUACAAUGACCACUAUAUGUACCUGAAUCAUGGGCAGCAAACUAUGCCAAAUGGACUCGGCAUGGGUGGGCAGCAUGAGUACUUUGGACUCUGGAUAGACUGUGACUAUGGGAAGGGACACAGCAAAGCAAAAUCUAGAUGUACCACCUACAACAGUCCUCAGCUGUCAGCUAAGGAAGACUUUACACUAGAUGCCAUGGAAGUGUGGGCAGUGGGAGAGGUCCCAGAAACUGAAGAGACAAAGGGUAAGAAGAGUGUCCUUGAUGCUGACCCUGAGGCUCAGGCCUUGCUGGAAAUGACAGGGAAGAGUCGUCAGAGCGAAGGGUUGCGAACACCGGCGGAAGACGAUGAUAAUUAAAGUGACCUUGUGACUCAGGAAAUUCUACCUGAUUCGGAGACCUGAUUUUUCUCAGACAGGAGAUUUUCUCCUCUGUUUCUAUUUGCAUAAUUUCCUGAAACUAGCAUGAAGUAUGAGUAUGUAAUAUGUAGGUUCUGGAAGAUGGCAUGACUGUAGGUUAUUUGUGUGGGGAGAGUCAGCAUUUUAAAUAGCUGAUUAAGCCCUUUAUUAAUCUGUGCUGGUUGUAGCUCCAUAUAAAUUGGGUAGCCCUCCUAGUAGGCCCAUCUUCCUCUCAUCAUGUAGAAUUAAGAACAAAUAUUAGCACUGCUGCUUAUUGACAUGGAGUAUUAACUGGGACUAUAUAUAGGCUGUUCAAAGAUGUCAAACAAGCUUCUGAUAACUCAGCUGAAAACUUAUUUCUGGCAGAUGAAAUCAGGUCCAGCAGUGUGUUAUUUUUUAAACUCUCUGUACACACAACAGUCCAAUUAAUCUUUUAGGAAAGAUUCACUUAAUUUGCUUUGUUGCUGUAAAUGUUUCAAAAUCCAGCUUUUCAAUACGUUCUAAGGUACGGGAUUUUAUGCAGAAAUACGGAGCACUGGAUAUAGUGGUUCUGGCAUUGCACUGAAUUAUGUUACACAUUACUUGUUUCAAGUUCUAGUUAGUUCACGAGUUGGUAUAGAAUUUGCCCUGUUGCUUUUAAAUUUAGCAAAAUGAAAAGGUCAGAGAACCAUUCAGCCACACAGGACUCCUAACUAGUUGACCCAGUCCUGUAAUCUUUUUACUCAGGAAUAACUCCCAUUGGGUAGAUUGACACAUUUCAUGGAAAAUGCCUUCACUUGUGGCGUCAUCCAUAAUUGGAGUGCAGGGUUAGGCCAUAAGAAGUGAUAAGUCACAAGCCCUUCACAGAUGCCUUGAAUGGUUCAAGUUUAACAUUGCCUGGAAAAAGAGUUUUUUAAUACUCUGUUUUUGGUUUUAGAAAAACUAACAAUCAGGAUAUAUUUUUUAAAAGUACCUUAACUCCAAGUACACUGCUACUUUUCCUUAUUUCUCUAUUUUCUGCACUUGUCUCUGUUGGUGAGUAGCUACAGUCUAUUACACUCAGGGCUUUUUUUAUUAGAUUCCAGUCCCAGCAACCAGUACGUUGGUAGCUUGACUAUUGCUGACUUUCCAACUAUGUAAUUAACUAAUUAAUAACACCUACUUGCACUGGGGACCUUUCCAUCCCAGGUAGAGAAACAGGGAAGUGAAAUUCAGUAUUUGUUCUCAUGAUUAACACGUAUAAUUGAGCGUGCCUUUUCCUAGUAAAAAAGAUAGUUUCAAAGAAUCUUCCUAUUCCACUGUCUGUUGUCAGAGAGGGGACCUGAAUUUUCACUGUUGCCACAACUUAGUGCAAAUAACAUGCUAUAACAGGAUAUAUGUAGAUACCUACAUACAGGCUCCAGUUAGGCCUAAGAUUAUCCUGAAAGUAUAUUCUGAUAUACCUUUUACCAUGGUGCUUGUGUAUAGGGUGCUGAAGUAGGCUGUUUCAAUUCGCCUGCAUUUGUGCCUUCAAUGUGUACUGUGAAAAGUAAUGGUUCUGGAAAGGGGAAUGUGAAUGGAUCCCUCCAGCUCUUGCUCCUGGUAAUCAGCAACACAUGUUGUAUCCUACCUAUAAUGAUGGUUAUGGUGUAUAUGGUAGCUAGUUAGACACAUAGGAUAUCUCAGGCCUGAGCCAGUAUUCUCAUACCUAUACCUAUGGGUGGCUAUACAUAUGAUCCAGGAUGGAGGGAGAGAGUGCAUUAACUAAAGCUGCUCUGAUAGCUGCUUUA